CAUCUACGCUGUCGGUAAGAAGUAUGGGGCCGCCUCAAGAGAUCACUCUCUUCGUCGCUGGCUUGAUGUGUUAAUCGUGCCGCGGCCACCUUUGAUGAGGUCCUUGAACAGCGCGGAUCAAUGCGACUUGCGGCGGACGACGCCACUAAUCACUGGUCUCUGAGUCAGCUGCGUCCUCGCUCGGCUCAGGCAUAUCUCGCGAGAGCAAUCUUAGAUUGUCUCACCGCCUAUUGGCUGGCAUUCUGCAGGUCAUGUUGUUUUUGUCGUGAGCUGUGAGACGAGGGUGCUUGCCACAUCGGAGUAAGACUCAGGCUGCAUAUGCUGGUUCGAACAAUCUCUCAACACAUCCAGGCUGCGCUGAAGUUCAAUAUACCGGUCGACAAAGUGCCCUGUAACGCAGGCUGUGUGCAUUAUGGAUCGUUGCGUCCGAGGAGCUGUCAGCAGGCACAAUUGAAAACUUUAAAAGGCGGACCUUGUCUUCCCACGCCUUGCGGGCGAUUCCAGCAACCAGAGUUCACAGCUUCCGGAGCAAGUCCAACAUACCGAGGCCAACGCAUUGCAGUCUCAACUCAAGACUUGACUACGAAAACCUCGCCGAAGUCUAUCAAAAUGACGAAGCUCAUACAUCUGACUGGACUGUUGAUGCUACUACCCGCGACUCUAGCAUUUGCAGUGGUGGACUACCACAAGGGGCGCCCAGGCUGCAACAGUUUCAAGAAUCCAAGGGAUUUUGACGACGCCAAAGCCCUUUGGUACGAGGCGUGCAAAAAAGUCGUCCCAAACCCUCCUGAAGAGCCCUUAUUCUCCGAUGGCGGUGGGUCAAUGGCUGAAGGAGACUGUCGUUCCACAAAAAAAGACAAUCUGGGCAAUUGGAUAAGCGUGGCAUCCACUGUGGCAGCAAACCUUUGCUGGACUGAGGUUCCAUGGUGAUUGCAGUCGGCAGGCUCCUACGGAGAGUGGCUUGCUAUCGAAAGCAAGGGGAAAUGAUGACGGCGUCCCUUAUCAAGU